UAACACCAUAGUACGCUCUUCACAAGUUAUGCUUUUGCAGUUCACCAGUCGUUUAGAAGUUUGUGUGUGCCCAUCUUGCAAGCUUUCUCGCCCACAUUAAAGAUAGCAUCAAACAACUUGGUCCCUCAGAUUAAAAGGAAAUAUGCUUUAAAUAUCCACAGGAAGUCUUCAGUGGCCAUAUAUAAUGCCUUACAGACGUCUAGAGAGUUAUUGUUUCCAUCAAGCUCCAUCAUUCAGGCUUCUCACGGAUGGAUUUAAAGAUGAACAGUACAGAGGUCUCUAACGCCACCAGCAGUGACUGCAGUAGGGUUUGUCCCAUAAAGCCCCAGCACAUCUCCAUUUCUGUGCUCAUUUGUCUGACUUUCCUGGUUGGACUCCUUCUUAAUGUCUUCAGUCUGUGGGUGUUCACGUGCAGGACACAAGAAUGGACAUGCAACACUGUUCUUCAGUUUCAUCUAGCUGUCAGUGAUGUCCUCAUGUGUCCUAUGGGACCGUUUAUGGCAGUAUAUUAUCACACUGCUAACUGGCUUUUUGGGAAAGUUCUCUGUCGGCUUAAAAUAGCUUUUAUAACCUUUCACAUUAACAGCAGUAUUCUGUUUCUGACUUUCAUUAGCAUUCAGCGAUAUGUGGCCGUGGUACGCUUCAACCAAGACUCUUACAUGAAUCGAAAGGACUUUGUCCAGAAGCUCUGUUUUGGAGUUUGGCUUUUUGUAUUGGUUAAAGGAACUGUUUUAGCAGCUGUUUUAGACACAAGCACCAUGGACAAUCACACAUUAUGCCUCAGCAUUCACCAAGAAAAAUAUACUGACUUUUAUUUCAUUGUAAACUUCACUGUCCUCAUUCCUGGAUUACUUCUUUCAUUCGUUGUUUCUGCGAUCUGCUACACUCUUCUGGUGCGCUCAAUGUCCCGUCUCGACACUAGCCAUGAUAGUGGACAAGCUAUUAAGAGCAAAUCAUGUAAAAUGGUGGCUGUUUGUUUGACUAUUUUUGUUGUUUGCUUCACUCCUAUGAAUGUGCUGCGCAGUGUGGGUCUUGUGGUCAAGAAAUUCUUCCCCUGUAAUUGCGGUCUCCUUUUAAAUGUGGAGACUGCAUACUAUGUGUCAUGGAUCUUGGCUGGAGCCAACUGCUGUCUCGACCCAAUUAUCUAUUGUUUUAGCUCUCAGAAAUUCACAAAAACAUUUCGUAUAUCUCUUAGGAAGAUAGGUUUGAGGCUUGAAAUGAGUCACGGUGAAUCUUCUUAAGAUUGCUCUCCUGUUAGCUAGAACAUCUUUUGGUUAGCAAGGAACAUACUCAAACUGUUGUUACAGUAUAUAUAUUGUAUGUAUUAUGUAUGUGUUGGCACAGAAACUUUUUAUUGUAAUUGCAGUGAAAUUCUGUAUGUAUGUUUAUAGCUAAUUUAAUUUAAUGCAAAUGAAAUACUUUUGCUUACUUUUUUGAAGCAAAUUAUUAGAUUUGUUAAUAAUUGCACUGAAAAUGAUUUAUUGCUGUAGGAUUCUUUUUCUUUUUUUUUCAUUGACAUUCUAUAUAUGAGCAACAUCAGACCAGGUUACACCUUAUUUAAAUAGUCUUAAAAUCAAUUAAUUGUGAAACUGGUGUUCUUAUUAAAGUACCUCUCUGCUCAUAACAUAGUGGUAGAAAAGGGUGGAGUUUAGGUUAAUGAUUGCUGACUAAUAAAAGGAAAUCCUGUCUUGGUUCCUUUUUAUCACA